UGACGUCAGCGUGGCGCAAGUCGUAUGGCCAGUUUGAGAGUUCGCUGCGAGAAGGGAAGAGGCCUUUGCUUGUCUGCCUCACCGCCGGCCGGCUUCGGCCUCUGCUCUACGGCUUCGUUACGUUCUUGCCGCCAACGCUUUUAACGUUUCUCCUAUCCUCUUUAUUUCCCUUCUCGCAUCCUUUUUUCCAUACCUUUCACUUCCUCUUCUUCAAUUUACUUCUACACUACAACUCCGCACUUCACUUGUCCACUGCUCUACGAACAAACUUAUUCCCUACCUCUUCGACUCAGUGCUACCAGGAACGGCAGACGGACCUGAAGUUUCUAAUCGACUUUUAACGUCCAGAAAACCAUCGACGUGACAAGUCACAAUAUCGCGUAUUGGACGGUUAGAAGUGCAAGGGUGGAAAGUGUCAUUCGUGAAAAAAAAAUUCUUUGUACAUUUAGUGCGGCUUCAGUCUCUACGGCAGGUAUAGAAACCGACAGGAGACUAUAGUGAACGAAGAGGAGCUACCAGGCUCUACUACUCUGUUUCUUACAGUGAAACACAGUGUACCUUAUAAUAGUAUAGAUGUUCGUAAUGGAGAAGUGUCUCUCGAAGCCGGUCUUAAAACUCUCGAGCCCACUCCGCGUGCCCGCACCAACCGAGAAAUACCGGAUUUGCUUGCAUCUCGAGAGCAGUUCAGUGCGCGUAUAGAUACACGCGAAAAGUGAUUGAUCAGAUUUUCAUUCUCCGCUAGUGAAUGUGUUCGACUAUCGUAUUGGACAUAGAUCUUAUCGUGGUGUUAAUGCCACUGGAUUGAUUUGCGACAAGUACUCUCGCCGCAACGGUAAAUUUUACCGCAGAGGUCUGUUUUGUCAGUGUGCCUCGAAGAUAUUUCAAGAUAGAGUGUGUGCUUCGCAACGAAAAGACACGCAGAGGCCACACCUGUAACACACACGGAGCUACUCGAUGAUAUUGUCGUACGUGACAUCCUCGUACAACUAUAAAUACAGUUCUACCUGUUUGUACAUUUUACGUACUGCACGUCUCGAAGACAUCGGAUUAAAAUGGGAAAUCAUCCGUCCGCCCACCAACCGCUUGAAAGAGCCACUACCCAUGCUGGAAAUGGACUUCGACUUUCGAAACGGGAGAGAUCGCCCGGAAAGAGGAUGGACAGACUCCGAAGGAGCUUCCGGGACAGUUUUCGUCGACGAAAAGAUCCCCACGUGCCAGAGUCUAGUAAGCCUCAUCAGUGGCAGGCCGAUGAGAGCGCUGUGCGUUCUGCGACCUGUGCCUUCCAUGUAAAGUACCUGGGAUGUGUCGAGGUCUUUGAAUCAAGGGGCAUGCAGGUCUGCGAGGAAGCCUUAAAAGUAUUAAGGAACUCCAGACGAAGACCCGUACGUGCAAUCCUCCAUGUUUCCGGUGACGGGUUACGUGUCGUGGAAGAUGAGACAAAGGGGUUGAUAGUGGAUCAAACGAUUGAGAAGGUGUCGUUUUGCGCCCCUGACCGAAAUCAUGAGAAGGGAUUCAGUUAUAUAUGCAGAGAUGGCACCACGAGGAGAUGGAUGUGCCAUGGAUUUCUGGCACUGAAAGAGUCGGUAAGUUCCAACCCAGUGGCCUUCUCUCAGGAAAACGUCGAUAAGGGUGAGCGACUGAGCCACGCAGUAGGCUGUGCUUUUGCUGCAUGUCUCGAAAGGAAGCAGCGUAGGGAUAAGGAAUGCGGAGUUACAAUGACAUUUGACUCGAAGACCUCGACCUUUACUAGAAGUGGUAGCUUCAGACAACCAAGUCUUACUGAACGGUUGCAAGACACGCGUGAACGUGCCGUAGAUGUGCCACCAGUAAAACAAGUGUAUAACCCUUUCGCCAUUGAGAGGCCACACGCUACCCCUUCGAUGCUCGAAAGGCAGGGUUCCUUCCGAGGCUUUAAUCAACUGAGCCAGGCUUCUCCAUUCAAGCGGCAACAUAGUCUACGCGUAAAUGACUUACCCAGUAAUCUUGAACGCACGCGUAGUCACAGCCUUGAACCAACGGAUCUUUCAAGAAUGCCACCCAGUAUGUCGCACAACGUACCCCAGAAACCUCCAGUGAGUCCAAUACCAGAAAUAUCUCCUGGCUGUCAGGACAGCGUGUCCGCAAUGUGUCAGCAGCUCUCUCGUGGACUUUCUCUCCUGUCAAGUAGUGAUGAUUUUGGACCAACCGUUGCGCAACGUACUUCACUUCAACAGCACCUAUCUCGUGGUGUUUCUCUAUUACCUACCAACAAUGAUUUUGGGACAACAAUUUCACAGGGAACGUCGAGUCUCGUUGCUAAACAACUUUUCACUUCGACCGAUCCAGCAGUAAGUAGCAGUGCUUCCUUGAAUGAUACAAAACUGCAGAACGGGUUGAACGUGAAUAGUUGUAACAACAAUAAUAACAACAACAAUAAUGAUGCAAAUAAUACAAACAAUGUAGGACCCAGCUGGCAAGAUUCACAGACCCCCGUUCUUACGGCGAAUCACAGACUCACUCCAAUUCUUAACAGAAGUUGCAAUCUGAGCCCAGUGCUUCCAAGAACAAACGCAGCAACUGUAGUAAUGAGCACCCCUGCGUCAGUUAGUACUGUAGGAGUAUUUGGUACGCCACCAAAUGCAAGUCCUGCAUUUAGUUCAGCUUCCACUUCGUCCUUGGGUAGUGCAUCAACUCCUGCCAUAAAUCGUUCGCCGAUUCCAGUCAAUUCCGUCACCCCCGUACCCAGUUCCGCAAAUGUCAGCGUAACUUCAUCAUCGCCAAUUCCUCCAGUAACGGCUGAAGAAGCUCAAGCACAGAUUGGCAGCACUGUUCAAACUAGUGGUUCGGUGCAAUCAGUAUCGACAGCACCCAGUUUACCAAAACCCGAACAGUGGUUAGGUAGCGUUACUGGGUCUGUACCACCUGCUAUACCACCAGUUCCACAUAUUCCGCGACGUGCUCCACCACUUCACGCUAGAGCCCAUUCAUUAGGAUCAGCUGCACUAACUCAAAGUGGUAGACCUGGACCUUCGGAUCCUUUCGAUGCCGAAUGGGCUGAAAUAGCUGCGAGGAAUCUACAUCAAUCGACGGCAACGACGAAUCCAUUUAUAAUGCCCAACGCCACGCAGGCUUUUCAGGUGCAAUUGUAGCGGCAGGAGUUCACGAACAGCAUCGCCAAGUUCUAUCGAACGAACACAUAAUGGUGACGAUUGCUCGUCCGAUUGCGUUCCGAGUCCUCGGCUGAUCGAAGGUACUUCCCGUAAGAAUGCCAUCAUCAUGAUACUCCUGACAAUGUCAAUACCUCGAUGGGAUCCCUCGGGAAACGAUAGUUUCUCGAAGUAGCGAUUCGCAAGCGAGUAACGCGACGAUGCUGACGUGGAUCGUUAGGAGUUUAUUCAUGCGGUAAUCUAACUGUUAUUGUACGCACAGAAAAGAAGCCUUCAAAAACGGGCAAUAUUCCAUAAUGAAAAGAUUACGUUAAUGGAAGAAUCCUUGAACUUGAGUAUAUUGAUCUAGUGAUGAAUUUCCGCCCGUAGGUUACGUAGAUAACGGGUAAAAGAAGAAUUUAUUUGAAGGAUUGUUGUGCUAACGUAUUGCCAUCAGUGGUAUCGAUAAUAUUUAUUAUACGUUAACGUUACCACGGAAUAAAGGAACAAAAGUAAAAGGAAUCUAAGGAUUCCUUUGGUAGUCUAGGCUUUCUCGAGCGAUUAUUGUCGUUUCUGCAUGAUACACAAUACUAUAGGCACGAUGAUUAUACUGCACAGAGACUCGUAAAAAAAUUUGCACCAAUUUUACAUAAAAACGAUUAGUGUCACGUAGUGAUCGACGUACGAAUAAAUUCUUGUAAUCGUACAUAAAAAUUGUAGACUGGACAAAUGAAGAGAAUGGAUCCUUCCAUGGAGCGGAUACGGCCGAGUGACCAAAUGCGGUAUAUUAAUGUCGUCGUGGAAUGUUUCUGCAGAAAUGUAAUUGGGAUGAGUGUGAGAAUCGAGUUUUAUGCAGGCAUAACAUCCGAGGACUGUGAUACGCUGAAAGAGGCCAGUACUUAAAGCAGGGGUAGUCUGAAACCCUUUGCUGGACUAGAAUAAUAUUGCUCAAGGUCGUCAAGCGUGGCGUUCGGGAAUGUAUUGUGGGUCUGAGUCAUCAGACAGUCAUGCAGACAGACAGGCAAAAGGAUAAAAUGAAUCCGAGAGCUAAGUUAAUGUAGGUGGAAGAAUACACGGUCAGACAUAAAAGCAGAAUACACAUAGCUACUUAAUUACCGAAUAAAUGUUGAACUUAGAAAGAAGUACGUCCUAUAAUAUCGAUGUCUAUCAUAAAUACGGUCGAAAAUGCAUUUAGUGUAGUACAUGCCAUGUGCGUUGAAGAUUGCAGGAUUGAAGAGAGAAAGUUAUUCAGUAAAUUUUAUGUAUAUGGUCAUUUUCACUCAAAUAACGAUAAAGACGUUGACUGGUUCUUCGUUAUUCAUUUUUCCCUACUGGCUGUUAUUCGAGUGAGAAAUGCCUUCAUAGUUGUUUCGUUCGUGUAUUAUAAAAUUAGAUUGAAACAAAAAGAAACAAACGUGAAAACACGCACGAUGCGGUUAAUCAGAGUAUUGUAAACCUUAUUGUAAUCGUUACGAGGAAGAUGAGAUGAAUGGGAGAAAGGGUAGACUGAAAGAGAAGAUGAGUUUAAGAAAAGGAAGAGAAAAUAAGAGAGCGAGAGAGCUUACUCCGAUCCUAUUUAAAAAUAAUAGUUAAUGACAAAAUAGUAUCGAGUCUCGCAGCUUUUUGCCUCGGUUCGUUGACAUCGGCAUCCCUCUUGGACCUACAUGAGGAUCGUGAUAAAAAAAAGUAACAGAUUUGUUAAUGAAAAAAUUGUGCAAAAGGAUUGAGGAAAAUGAGAAAAUGGAGAGAAAGUAAAGAAUCGAGGUGAUAUUGAACAAGCCCGAAUAAUAGAAUUCAUAAAAUCGUUACUACACGAACAAAGUUCGAUCGUCGGUCCAUUCGCGAUGUUAAUAAUACAUUGUAAAUAGAAUAGUUAUUUAAUAUAUCAUGAGAGUAGAUAUUAAUAAAAAACACACACCGAGCCAGCGAGAACCCGAUUAAUUAAAUGAACAAAGAUGAAACGAUCUUUAUUAACGGGCUUGGCUAGAUGGCCCGUAAUGAAUGAAAUAUCAAGUCGAAAUCGACGCAGCAAUUCGUUACGUUACUGAGCACGCAAUGAACGUAGUAUUAACAUUCCUAAUAGUAUUCCUUAUUUUUCGAUUCUCUCACUAACGGACCUGGUUUUGUUUAGCGUCCAUGAAGCCAACAUAGAACCCUGGAUCUUUCCUUCUCAAGGCAGGGCUUCCGAAAAAAAUGUUUCUUUUUAAUCCAAUAAUUUUCUAGUGUUUCGCGCACUAACUUUCUUCUUAUGGCGUUCUUUUUUUCUUUUCUCUUUGGUUCGUGUCAUGUCACAGCUUAUUUUCCUCUCUCAUUUCCUUGUACGUGUUAUCCUGGCGCACUUGCGAUCGAAAUUUUGAGAGAUGCACACCUCCGUUUCAAGCACUUCACACCCCAUCGUACACAAAGGUCUUUAAUGGUGUUUAACAUGGUGUCCUCUUCCGGUGUCGGAACGUAAGUGACGAAAUCGGAAUGAAGGAGCGUCUUCAAGCGUCGGGGAUCUUGUUGAACGAGAUACCUAUUAAGAUUGUCGUUCAUUGAGAAACUGAACAGGUGAAACUAGAAACGAGUCAGGUUGGUCAGUCCUUGUUUUCUUGUGAAUAAAGAAAUAAUGACAUUGAAAUGAAUGAAGGAACGGAGAAUAAGACGAGAUGGAGUAAUAAAGAAUUUAUAUGGGACAGUCGGCACAAACGAAUGCCCAGGUACUUACGCAGUGGUACUUACUGAAACAUUGAUAAUUGAUGUACUUAAGUAUAAAAUGUAGCUUGCUAGUUGGAGGGAAAGAUUAUGGUGGAGAGAAUGUUUAUUUUCCAGAGGAAAUGUGUACGUUUAGGUUUAUCGCGUCUUAUCUUUGUUAAGUGGACGGGGAACAUGUAUAUAUCGCAACGUAACUGUAUUCCUCGCGACGCCAGGUUAAUGUAAUUAGCGUUUAUCAACGGUAUUAAGCUACUUAAAACUCGGUUCUUCUUCGAUUUGAAUUGAUGGUGAAGGUACAGGAAUUAUUGUCAAAGCUGGUGUCUGUUAAACUUUGCACACAAUGGUGCAUUUCCAUGAGAAUAAUUGUAUCCUUGUACUUGUUUUUUUAUUUUCUGUUUCCUUUAUUCAAGAAAUAAUUAAGUUCGUAGGAAUCGAAGCAGAUACCAGUUGAGACGAGAGUGAGUCGCAGCACCUUGUAAAAAUUCGAUAAAUUUGCCAAUCGAUUGAUCGAUACUGGCACGGAUGCAACUUUUGCCAGAACCUUGGGACACUUGGAAGUGAAAUAACGUGGGAAUUUAUUGAAUCCGUUAGAAGGUGCUGAGAUAGGAUUUAUGAUGAAGUUCAAGCACGUCGAAGUAAAAUGUUACAUGCUUUUUGCUAAUGGCUGCCAACUGGAAUUCGACGUGCAGUGCUUUCGCAGUUGUGUUGUAAAUAAUGUCACCGAUCGAUUCCUUAAUCAUUUUAUGAUUUAAAGCGUGUACAUUUCGUAAAGUCUUCUUGUUCAUUUUACAAUGUAUAAGCCUCUGUAAAGAUACGGUUUAUUAUAAUAUCUGUUGUGAUUACGAAAA